AUGGUGGGUAUCGGCGGCGGUGUUCCACCAAAGGUGAGGCUUGACGAUGUCGUAGUUAAAAUACCCGUCGGCCAGUUUCCCGGUGUAGUCCAAUGGGACUUGGGCAAAGCAAAACAAAGCAGAAACCUUGAACGGACCGGGUCGCUAAACAAUCCACCUACAUCCCUGCUCACGACUCUGACAGCGUUGGACUCGAAACACGAAUUGAUUUGGCUCCAAGAUACCAAUUUACCUGGAGAAAGUGAGAGAGAUGGCCGAGACUUGUACCGAAGUUAUCAAGGAUGCUGCUCGCGAAACAAACUCAACAAAGAUCUCAGUGGCCGCCUCCUUUGCAUCGGAAUAGAAGCGGCGGGGCUGACAAACAACUUUCCAUCCAUCGUCAUUCGAGGAUCCUGCGAAUACGCAGACUCACACAAGAACAAGGAUGGGCAGGAAUACGCCGCCGCUGUUGCUGCAGCAUUCGCCAAGAAAAUCCUGUCAUUCUUGCAACCAAAUAAUGUUGAGGGAGAGCACCCCGUGAAUGAGUUACUUAGGCAGGGUUAG